ACCUUAUUUAUACAUAACUCGAUACCAAUCAAAGAAGGCGAGUUAUUGGGUAUCCUAGGCCAAGGCUGUUCAUAUCACCAUCGUUGACUAUUCCCCAAGAUGAUGCUGUUCGUUCUUGGAAAAGGAGCUAACUUAGGGAGACGUAGGAGGUCGAGUAAAUGUGUUUUUGUUUAAACUCUGUCCUACUUACCUAAGGUAACAUUAGGUAUUCAAACGGCCAAUCGCCGAAGAACGGAAUGACGCCAUCAGAACAGGUGGGGGUUAUAUCAUUAGAUUCCUGGUAACUCGGUACUAGGUAUACAAAUGGUACUAUACGAAUGCACAACAACAACAUCAACAUAUGUACCUAACCUAAUCUUUUCUUUCUUCUUUCUUUCCAUACCAAUACUACCGGAAAUAACUCACCAUGUCCUUCACUUCAAUCCCUAUCCUGGACCUGGCCCUCUCCAGGGAUCCCCAGACGAAGCCGAAGUUCUUAGCCGAGCUACGACACGCCCUGAUGGAGGUCGGCUUCUUAUAUAUCAAAAACGUCGGCAUCCCGGACCAUCUCUGGCAGCAGGUCAUAUCGGAAGGGAAAGCAUUCUUUGACAUACCAAAGGAGGAAAAGCUCAAGAUCGAGAUGAAGAACGCGCCAUCGUUCCUAGGUUACUCGCAGCUGUCCGCCGAGAUCACAGCUGGCAAGAUAGACCAUAGGGAGCAGAUCGAUCUGUCUACAGAGCAUCCUCUUCCGAAACCAGAUGCCCCGCUAUACGAGAAUCUACUCGCGCCUAAUCAGUGGCCCUCGCCCGAGGUAAUGCCCAAUUUUCGUGCGGUUUACACCGACUACAUGACACGCAUGGGGCGGAUAUCGAUAGAGUUCACAUCCCUAAUCGCGGAGGCGAUCGAGUUACCCUCCGACGCCUUCAACCGGUAUUUCGACUCUGAUCAGCAGCACAAACUGAAGAUUGUCAAGUACCCCGACAUAUCAGAGCUAGGAUUAGCUGACAAUGUCCAAGGCCAAGGAGUUGGGCCUCAUAAGGACAGCAUGUUGACAAGUUACCUACUUCAGGCAAGCAACCAUAAAGGACUCCAGGUUCAGAAUAUGCAAGGCCAAUGGAUUGACUGCCCAUCAAUUGACGGCACCUUGGUAAUUGCCAUCGGGCAGGGCUUAGAGGCUUUAACACAAGGAGUCUGCGCGUCAACAACCCACAGGGUUCUUUCACCAGAGGCGGGCAAGGGUGCGAGGUUCUCCAUUCCAUUCUUCCAGGGGGUCCGGGCCUCUACAACGUUCGAGGAAUUAGAGUCGAUCGGUGUCGGGCAAGUUCCAGAGGCGGCCAAGGAGCAGCGGCGGAAGGUCUUAGAGGCGAACGGUGGUAGAUUUGACGAUGUCGAGUUUACCUUUAGGAAAGGCGGGGUAGCGACGACGCUGGGCGAGGCGACACUAAGAAACAGGGUCAAGAGUCACCCGGACGUGGGAGAGAGAUGGUACCCAGAUAUCCUGAAAGGCAUACGAGAGCAACAGGCCCCAGAGGCAGCCCAGAAGCAAGAGGCACAAGGAGCGUCGACAAAGACCGACGCUCCUGAGAAUGGGCGCGCUGUGGAUAUCAACACCAAAGCGCAAGCAGUGGAAGCACACUGAUAAGGUGGUGCAUCUCCAUAUUAGAAAAAAAUAAAAACGCAAAAAAUUAAGAUGCGAGAAAAUCUCAGUUAACUCAGUGCAAUCUCAUUAAUCAAUGUUGCUCCGUGACCUCAUUGCAACCCACCCAAAUAAGACCUCUGCUAAACACCAAGUGCGCCAAUCGCUAUGUCCAUUCUUCAUCUAUUCGAUCGUCCCGUACGGAUACGAAUUCGUCGUUUUGUUUAUUUGGCAGGAGGAGCAUCGUGGCCGGGGAAGCAGUCGGCCAUAGACUUGUUGUGCUUGUUAACGGCGUGCUCGGUGAGCCUAUACUGAGGUGCGCGGGUGGUCUUCAGGAAGGUCGACUUGCAGAUCUGGCACUGGAUAUCCAUAGCCUUAAUAUUCUAGAUGAUCCCAUGU